AACCGUCAUUUUUUUUUCUCUUGUUUCAGUUGGUUUCGGUCGUUCCUGCUGUUGAUAUUAUUAUUAUUAUUUCAUUGUGACAAAUUAACAAAUGUCUUAUGGUCGUCUCUCGCACGUCUCUAAUUUUGUUAAAUAAUUAAUAAUAAAUAUAUUAAUUAAUUUAUUAACUGAUAUUUAUUUAUUUGAUAAAAAAAAAAAAAAGAAUCGCCAUGCAUUAUUGCGUAGUUAAAUGUGAGGAUGGUUCAAAUGCAAUUGUGUCAAUGGUGACGAUAAAAAAAGAAGUUAUGGAAAAUGAGGGUGAUUCAAUACCAGGACCUUCACAAGCUGGUCCAUCAGUUGUAACUUUUGUUGACAAUAAUUCUACAAAUAUGAUUAAAAUAAAAGAUGAACCAGUUGAUACUGAUCAGCCAAGUACCAGUGGUACACAACAGACUGUUAAAAAAACACUACCAACUUUCACACGUAUUUUACUUAAUCCUGAUGGAUCAAUCAAAAAUACAAUUGAAUCAUACAACAAAGAAAUGGAAAAAACUAUUAAACAAGAACCAUUAUUAAAACAUUCGCUGGAUCCAUCAACUUUUAUUGUUAAUAAAAAAAUAAAACCAAUAAUUAAACUUGAAGAAGUAAAGCUAACAUGGGAACAAAUGACUCUCAAUGAAUAUGACAAUUGUAAAACACUUGAAUCACGUGAAUCAUUUCGUGAAAAUACAAUUGAACAAAUGGAAAAAUUAAAUAAAUAUAUACCUCAUUUAAAAUUACCAGGUAAAUUUUUUAUAAAAUACGAACAAGCAUCACCAUAUCAUGUUUUUUUAUCAACUAUUGAAAGUGUCCAAGCAACAUGGAAUCAACAACAUUCAAUAACAUUUCCAGAAAUAUUAGAUAAAAGUAUUGGUGUUAUUGAAAAAACUCUUAUAAUAAAUGAUCAAGUUGAUUUUACCUGGUUGAGAUUUCAGUAUUUAUUUUCAUGUCAAAAAACAGAUAGUUUAAUAAUUUAUGGUCAGCGAAUGGACACUGGUCCAUUGCCAGAUAACAUUGAGACUCAUCAGUACCAACAACACUCAAAAAUAAUGGUAAUAAAAUAUGAAAAUGGUGCAAGGAUUGUCAUUUCAACAGCCAAUCUCUUCAGCAAUGACUGGAACAUAAGAACACAAGGUGUAUGGAUAUCACCACAUUUGCCAUAUCUUGAAAAAACAUCAAAACGUACACAAGGUGAAUCACCAACUAAUUUUAAACAAGAUUUUAUAAAUUAUAUGAAAAAAUAUUCAAUUGAUAAACUUCAUGAAUGGAUUGAAAUUAUUUGGCGUCUUGAUUUUUCAUCAGUUAAAGUAUUCUUUGUUGGAUCAGCACCUGGUAAUUAUUCCUAUGAUUCAAAUGAAAUAAGUAAAUGGGGAAUCAAAAAGUUGGGUAAUGUAUUAUCAAAUAAUACUAAUGUUUUACCUGAUGAUGAAAAUUGGCCAGUUGUUAUUCAAUGUACAAGCAUUGGUGGAUUGGGUACACAAACAAGUGGCUGGUUAAAAAAUGAAAUAUUGCCUGUCUUAAUGACAAACACAAACAGAAAAUACAGUUCACCGUGUAAUUUUAAAAUUAUUUAUCCAACAACAACUCAAUAUGCAAAUUCAUUUGAUAAAAAUAUUAGAAGUUUAUGUCUUCAUUAUUAUGCAAACUUACAUGCUAAACAAAAAUGGGUUGUUAAACAUUUACAUCAAUGGAAAAGUAGUACGAAAAGUAGAGAUGUUACUCUACCACAUACAAAAUUUUAUACAAGAAUUUCAUUGGAUUAUAAAAAAGUACCAUGGGUUUUAUUGACAAGUGCUAAUCUCAGUAAAUCAGCAUGGGGAUCUCAUAACAAUAACAGCAGUUGGAACAAUAGAUGGAGCAAUAAAUGGAAGAGUUACUCUGAUAGUGAAGAAGAAGAAGAAGACACAUGGGAAAUUAAAGCUUUUGAAGCUGGUGUUGCAUUUUUUCCAAAGCAAUUGACUGGUGGACAAACAUUUCCAAUUCAAAGUCCAGAUCCAGAUGGUACACCACCAUUUCCAUUGCCUUUUGACGUACCUUUGACUCCUUAUCAAAAAGAAGAUCAACCAUUUUUGAUAUAAAAAAAAUAAUAAUUAACUCUGGUAGUUUAAUUAUUUUAUUCAUGUAUGUUGUUGUUGUUUAAAAAACAUUUCAUUUAUAUUUUCAAAAUAAUUUUAUAUGAAAAAAAUUAAUUUCAUAAGAAAAACAUAAAAUUGGUUUGACAUUUGGCUUGAUUGUUUUUUUUUUAAAUAUAGAAUUAUUUAAUAAUUUUCUAUUGUGUUUAAAAGUUGAUAAAAUAUUAAAGAAAUAUUUUUCUAAAAUUUCAAUUUUCAUGUAUGAGUAUGUUGUUGUUUAAAAAACAUUUCAUUAAUGUUUUCAAAAUAAUUUUAUAUGAAAAAAAUUGAUUUCAUAAGAAAAACAAAAAUUGGUUUAACAUUUGGUUUGAUUUUUCUUUUAAAAUAUUGGUUUAUUUAAUAAUUUUUUUUAUUAUUCUAUUGUGUUUAAAGUUGAUCAAAUAUUGAAGAAAUAUUUUGCCAAAAUUUCGAUUUUCAUAAAUUAAAAUAAAGUUUUGAUAAAUA